AUGAGAAGUUACAUUAAAUCUACUUAUGAGUAUACCAAACUGCGUAAAAACUUUGGUAGACAACCAUUGUUUCAAGACGUACCUGCCCACUUAAUAGACUCCAUUAACCCUGACAGAGAGGAACAGAAACAGUAUAUGCUUCGCAAUCCUGUGCACCGAGAGAUUCAAGCAACAAUGCCGCAAUCUGAACACGAUGCAAACACAAAACAAUUGAUAAUGCACGAACAAGGCAUAAAUCAUACGGAGGGUGGUUGGCCCCGUGAUGUCCAUCUAUACAAUGAAGAUCAUCUUGCCCGGCACAGACGGCGAGUACAACACGAGGAUGGUUAUGUUCAUGCUAUAUCGAAUCUGAAACCGCAAGUGGAACAUUACAUUGAUCAGAAUAACGCCAUCGAUAUGUAUCAAACGUACUUCGCCGGUAUGGACGCACGGGCACCGGUUGAGAAAUACAAUGUUCAAAUUGCAAAUGUAUUCAAAGACACCUAUAAACGGCCCGUGUCUUGCAUUGUGUGGACAAAUGAAAAGAAGUCUAAACUAGCGGCGUCAUACAGCUACCAAGAAUACACAGCUGAUAAAAGUUCGAACAAUCGCACAGUAUCAUACGUCUGGGACGUGAAUAAGCAAACAUCACCUUUAUACGAAUUUUAUCCUGAAAGUAGUUGUUGGCGUCUAGCUCCAUCGCCGGAUAAUCCCGAUAUUCUGGUUGCGGGCCUUGAAAAUGGUACGAUUAACAUUUUCGAUAUUCGCAACAACCAAGAUGCUGUAUCUAAAAGCUCCGUAUAUAAUUCACACAAAGGACCAAUUACUGGUCUACUUUAUUUACACUCAAGAACGAAUAGCGAAUUUUUUACUGGCUCUCCAGAUGGACAAUGUCUUUGGUGGGACAUUAGAAACCUCUUUAAGCCAAUGGACCAACUUUUUAUGUCUGUUAGACAGGCACAAAACGUGGAACCGAGCUUUUCCACUGCGGAAGGUGUCAGUUGUAUCGAAUUUGACCGUGGAUUGCCGACUAAAUUUUUGACUGGAACAGAGUCUGGGUUAGUGAUCAAUGCAAAUCGAAUGGGUAGAAGUCAUUCCGAAGUUUUGACAAAUUAUUGGAACGCACAUUCCGGGCCUGUAAGAGCCGUUCACCGCAGUCCUUGUACGCUUCGUAUGUUUAUCACUUGCGGAGAUUGGAACGUCCGUAUUUGGAGUGAAGAGGUUCGCACGGCACCUAUUAUAGUCACACGUCCAUAUCUUUACCAGGUCACCGAUGUCGCUUGGGCUCCUUUAAGAUAUUCUAGUUAUAUGGCCGUAUGUCAAGGCGGUGUAUUCCACUACUGGGACUUGCUUAGAAAAUAUCGAGAGCCAAUUGCUACAUUGCAAAUCUCAAAACAUGGCCUCACGCGCUUAACUCCACACCCAGAAGGUGAAUCUAUUGCUGUAGGAGACAAUUGUGGCUCUUUGUACCUUCUUCAUCUGUCUGAGAAUAUGAUUCUUCCUGGCUCCCAAGAUAAGCACCUAUUUCACCAAAUUUAUGACCGAGAAACCAGGCGCGAGCACAUCUUAGAUAAUCGAGUUAAAGAAAUCCGUCUCAAACAUCGCAAAGACGAUGCAGAAACACAUGUGAGUAACGAGAGAGUCGAUGACGAAGGAGUUGUAAAAACUGCAGAAAUAGAUUAUUUUAAAACUGCGAACGAAGAAUUAAAUAAAAUAGAUGGAUUACAUUUUGCUUCGAGUAACUUUUCAGAAUAA